AUGAAUAAUGAGAGUGGAUUAGGCCUAUUGAGGAAACCACUUAAAAAAAAACGCGCCAAGCUAUCUACCACAAGGUGGUGUGGAAAUGAUAGCUUAGAGAAGAAAAAACGACCACAUCAAUUGAACAAUGAUAAUGCUGAAAUAGAAGUACAUAGAGACGAAGUUUUUUCUUGGACAGAUGCAAGUACUAAGUUAUUUUUAUCUUUAUAUAAAGAAAACAAAGACCUAGUCACACAAAGAAAAAUUAAAACAAAAAAAAUUUUGUGGCAAAAAAUAUCUGAAAAAAUGAAACUACAAAAUUACAAUGUUUCUGCAAUGCAAGUGGAAAAUAAAUAUAAGUCGUUGGAACGAUCUUUUAAAAAUGUAAUAACACAUAAUAAAAAGACUGGGAGAAAUAGAAUAUCUUGUCCUUACGAGACAGAGUUAACAGAGCUAUUAGGGGGAAAACAGAGCAUCGAACCUUUAUUACUGUCAGGAAAUAAAGGCAUAAUAUCAGACUGUAAUAUAAAUAAAGACAGAUCAAAUAGUAACAUUACUUCAAAUACAAGUGCGCAGAUUGAAGCCACACAAUAUACAACCAACCAACCAACAACCUCGGAACAAACAACAUAUGAGCCAAUAUAUAAUGAAAGUAGUUGUGACACAAGCGAUAAAGAAAAUAUACAGACAUCCAAAAACCGUAAUAAAACUGGCACUACGGCACGAGUCUUAGAAGUGUGUCAACAACAUCUUGAAACUCUGACAAACAAUAUACACUACUCAAAAAAAAAAUAGGGAACACUUUUCAUACCCCAAAAAU